AUGGCGGAUUGCCGAGGGCACGUAUUCACCAAGAAAACCUUCCACCUACCGGCCUACUGUCACAAUUGCACCAAUUUAUUGUGGGGCGUCGUGACGCAGGGCAAUUUCUGCACAGUAUGUAAUUAUAUAGCUCACGAAAGUUGCCUAAAAAAACCCGGCAUAUCACCUUGCCAUAGUCUAGCAGCUAGUUUAAUUAAGAAUCCAGUAUCACAUUGUUGGUCCGAACCAGUAAGAAUUAGAAACCAAAGAUGUUGUAACGUUUGUCGGAAAAGAAUUGAUGGUCGAACAUUCAGCGUUACAUGUGAAAUUUGUCAUUACUAUACCCAUGUCGAUUGCAUAUCAUCGGCAGUGGCGGAUUGUAAGGAAACAGCUACCUAUCACCCCGGAAAGUUGUUGGAUUCCGUGCAUCAUGAACAUCAUUGGAGAGAAGGAAAUCUUAGACCUGGUGCAGUGUGCUACGCUUGUGCCAAACCAUGCUGGACCACCGAUUGUCUGGCAGGAUUUCGAUGUGAAUGGUGUGGUAUAACAGCUCAUGCAACAUGCCGAAGUCAAAUAGCUUACGAAUGUGAUUUCGGUAUACUCGGUCCAAUAUAUUUACCACCACACGCAGUUAGCAUUCCACGGACUGAGGUGCCAAUGGAGUCAAUUAUUGGUGUACAAGUGCGCAGAAAAGAAAAAGCUACUCCUCGAAGUAUUUCGAUUGAAUUUAGUAGUGGUGAAAGUAAAACUAAAGACAUUGAAGAUGAAGAAAUGUAUGAAGUUGAAAAAAAAUUAGAAGAUAAAAAUGAAGAACUAGUUAAAGUGUAUGAUGGCGACGCAUCAUACCUAAAACAUACAAGUUUCACGGUCAAAGUUCCAAAAGCAGUAAAAACCGAGACGCUCAUUUCUACAAUACUUCAAUCAUUAAAUAUCUCUCAAUCUGCAGAAAACUUUUAUUUGACUGACGCGUAUGGUUUAAACGAACCAAUACUGGAGGACCCAAAUCCAAUAAAUAACGUUACUAGAUUAGGAGGCAAGAAACCUGCCGUUUUUCUACGCCUAAAACAAGACAGUCACGGUGGUUUGGUUAGAGUUUAUCCUGGGCGCUUGCAGACUGAUAUACCUUUUUGCGUAGUUUCCGUUGAUCGAAAAACUACGGCCAAAGAUCUGAUCGUUGAAUCUUUGACUCGGUUCGGCUUUACUUCACACAAUUCAACAGACUAUAGACUCAGCCAGCUUUUGUUGGAACAUGGAGUGACGGAACGAGUACUAGAUUUCGAUGAAAAACCAUUAGAUAUAAUAAAAAAUAUUGGGCAAGAAUCUCUCCGACAAAUGGAAUUAAUGCGGUUCUAUUUGCAACUUAAGCAGGAUCCUCACGGUCCUAAUAUCGCUUUAUUUAUUGGAAAUUUGCCGACAAAUUUAUCUCAGCGAACAUACGAAAAUAUAUUAAUGACAUUUUUAGGAGAAGAUUGUAGGUUUAUAACUAUUGGACCAAUUUAUUACGAGUAUGGUUCGUUGGUAAUUAUGUACAAUGAAACUAAAAUUGCUGUGAACGCAAUGUAUCUUCUUAGAGGCGCUGAAUAUGAACACAAACAUCUGUUAGUUAUGUUAUUACCAAACAUUGACCCAGUAAUGGUACCAGCCGAAACACAACCAUUAUUAGUAUUUGUAAAUGUCAAAUCAGGUGGUUGUCAAGGUUUGAGCUUGAUAUCUAGUUUCCGAAAACUGCUUAAUCCUUAUCAAGUUUUUGAUUUGGGAAACGGAGGACCACUUCCUGGGUUGUAUGUGUUCAGACAUAUUAGAGAUUACAAAAUCUUAGUUUGUGGUGGCGAUGGUACGAUUGGCUGGGUGCUUCAGUGUUUGGAUAACGUGGGCCAAGACAGUGAAUGUUCAUCGCCACCAUGUGCUAUUGUUCCAUUAGGAACUGGUAAUGAUUUAGCUCGUGUACUGAAAUGGGGCGCCGGGUAUAAUGGCUCGGAUGAACCUAUACAAUUAUUAGAGGAUGUCAUUGAAGCAGAAAAAAUUAGAUUAGAUAGAUGGACAGUGGUUAUUCACCAUGAAGAUAGAGCGGAUGGUCGACCAAUUCAUGUGCCUAAUUCAGUUGGGAUGAGUGAAGACAAUACUCAGAUUUUUGUUAUGAACAAUUAUUUUGGCAUCGGUAUUGAUGCCGAUUUAUGCCUUGCAUUUCAUAAAGCUCGGGAAAAAAAUCCAGAAAGAUUUAACAGUCGAAUCGGCAACAAGAUUGAAUACUUAAACGUUGGGUUACGGAAAAUAAUUCAUCCCCCUUGUAAAAAUCUUCAACACGGAGUUCGUCUGGAAGUGGAUGGGAAAUUAGUAGUACUUCCUCAACUUGAAGGACUUAUUAUUUUAAAUAUUUUGAGUUGGGGGUCAGGAGCUAAACCAUGGGGACGAAAUUGCAAUGAAGAACAAUUUUCUACACCAAAUCACUGGGAUGGUAUGCUAGAGGUUGUGGCUGUAUCUGGAGUAGUUCAUUUAGGACAGAUCCAAACAGGGCUUAGAUACGCUAAACGAAUUUCUCAGGGUGGACACGUUAAAAUUCAUUUAACUAAUGAAGUUCCCGUACAAAUCGAUGGUGAACCUUGGGUCCAAGGACCUGGUGAAUUAGUCAUUCUUAAAUCUGCUUUAAAAGCGACCAUGCUUAAGAAAGUAAAACGUACAGAACGGAAGCAAACCUCUCGGACACGAGCUGUUAAGUAUAUGGCCAAUCUACAAGCAGUUGCAUCUGUUAAUGGCAGUGAGAACGAAUGA